GGUAAUUUUGUUUGUGGUGUUAGUAAUUUUACUUAAGUAAAGCAUCUGAAUAAUAAAAAUAAAUAUUAAUAAAGUAGGGACAGAAAAAGUAAAGACAUGUGAUCGGCAGCGUACUUUUUGUCCUCUCCUGCCUUCCGUACGGCUGUAAUGUUUUCAUCAGCUGAUGCUUCGUUGCUUUUUGUCAUAUGAAAGCUAACAGGCUAACAGGCUCCCUGACCACCAUGGCUGUGAGCCGGUUCACACCGGGACGGCGCCGCAGUGUCACCAGAGCCCGAUAACCCCAGUCCACGGUGGCGACCCCCCUGUCCGCCUCUCUGUCUGUCCCGCUGCUACAUCCCGUGCUCGGUCGGUCGGUUAUCUCCGCGACUUUUGCCCUCUUUAUCCCGCCGUGGCUCCUGCUAGCUGGUUAGCCUGUUGGCUAAUUAGCUCGUUAUAAAGCGGCGAGCGGAUCGAGGCUAACUAACCAACUUGACUAACUAACCGGACCGGACCGAUAUGUGCUAUGGCGUCGGUUCGGGUGGCUGUCCGGGUCCGACCCAUGAACAGGCGGGAGAAGGAUUUGUCUGCAAAAUGCAUCAUCAAGAUGGAAGGAACCAAAACCUCCAUCACCAACCUGAGGAUCCCUGAUGGCAUCGCAGGUGAAUCGACGAGGGAUCGAACCAAAACUUUCACCUACGACUUCUCGUACGACUCGGCGGACUGUAAGAGCUCCGCCUUCGUCUCCCAGGAGAAGGUUUUUAAAGAUCUGGGCUUGGACGUGCUGAAGGCGGCGUUUGAGGGCUACAACGCCUGCGUGUUUGCCUACGGGCAGACCGGCUCCGGGAAGUCCUACACCAUGAUGGGAAAUCCAGGCGACGCUGGUCUGAUCCCGAGGUUCUGUGAAGGUUUGUUCAGUCGGAUCUCCGAUGCGACUCGAUGGGACGAAGCUUCAUUUCGUACAGAAGUCAGCUACCUGGAGAUCUACAAUGAGAGAGUGAGAGACCUGCUGAGGAGGAAAUCCACUCAGACCUACAACCUGCGAGUCAGGGAGCACCCGAAGGACGGGCCGUACGUGGAAGAUCUGUCCAAACACCUGGUGCAGAACUACAGCGACGUGGAGGAGCUGAUGGAGGCGGGAAACAUCAACCGCACCACCGCCAGCACUGGCAUGAACGACGUCAGCAGCCGCUCGCACGCCAUCUUUACCAUCAACUUCACGCAGGCGAAGUUCGACGCAGAGAUGCCCAGUGAGACAGUCAGUAAGAUCCACCUAGUGGAUUUGGCUGGCAGCGAGCGAGCCGAUGCCACGGGGGCGACCGGCGUCCGGCUGAAGGAAGGAGGAAACAUCAACAAGUCGCUGGUCACCCUCGGAAACGUCAUCUCUGCUCUGGCCGACAUGACGCAGGACGGUGUGAACACCAACCUGAAGAAGAAGUCGGUGUUUGUCCCCUACAGAGACUCGGUGCUGACGUGGCUGCUGAAGGACAGUCUGGGCGGAAACUCCAAGACCAUCAUGAUCGCCACCGUUUCUCCGGCUGAUGUGAACUACGGAGAGACGCUCAGCACGCUGCGAUACGCCAACAGAGCCAAGAACAUCAUCAACAAACCCACCAUCAACGAGGACUGCAACGUCCGGCUGAUCAGAGAACUGAGGGCCGAGAUCGCCCGACUCAAAGCUCUGCUGGUUCAGGGCAACCAGAUCGCUCUCCUGGACUCGCCCACUGCUCUCAGUAUGGAGGAGAAACUGCACCAGAAUGAAGCCAGAGUUCUGGAGCUGACUAAAGAGUGGACCAACAAAUGGAACGAGACGCAGAACAUCCUUAAGGAGGAGACUCUGGCUCUGAGGAAGGAGGGGAUCGGCGUGGUGCUGGACUCGGAGCUGCCGCACCUCAUCGGCAUCGACGACGACCUGCUCAGCACCGGCAUCAUCCUGUACCACUUAAAGGAGGGACGGACGUACGUGGGCAGAGAGGACGCGUCCACAGAGCAGGACAUCAUCCUGCACGGUCUGGACCUGGAGAGUGAACACUGCAUGUUCGAGAACCAGAACGGGAAAGUGACUCUGGUGCCGCUCAACCGAGCUCAGUGCUCCGUCAACGGAGUCCAGGUGGUGGAGCCGUCGCAGCUCAACCAAGGUGCUGUGAUUCUGCUCGGCAGGACCAACAUGUUUCGCUUCAACCACCCGAAGGAGGCGGCCAAGCUGAGGGAGAAACGGAAGAGUGGCCUGCUCUCUACGUUCAGCCUCUCCAUGACGGAUCUGUCCAAGUCCUGUGAAAACCUGUCCACCGUGAUGCUCUACAACCCCGGUCUCUUCACUGAGAAGGGCCCCGUCUUCCUCAGGCUGGAGUUUGAGAGACAGCAGCGAGAGGAGCUGGAGAAACUGGAGCUGAAAAGGAGGCUGAUCAAGGAGAUGGAGGCAAAGCACCAGAGUGAGAAGGCAGAGCUGGAGCGCCUGCAGCAGGAGGUGGAGAGUCAGCGUAAGGAGUCUGAGGAGGUGCAGCAGCGGAUCCUCCACCAGGAGGAGAACCUGCGCCGCCGCAGCCAGGACAUCGAGAGCCGCCUGCGAGACUUCCUGGCCGAGAAGGAGCGCUUUGAGAAGGAGAGACGCUCCGAGAUCCAUGAGGAGGAUCAGAAAGAGCAGCGGGAGGGCGAGGAGGAGCAGGACGAGGAGCAGCAGCGGCAGCAGGAGGCCGCAGAGCAGACUGAGAUCUACCGUGAGCUGGAGAGGCUGAAGAGGGAGCGCGAGGAGCAGAAGGUCCGCCUGGAGACCGAGCGGCGGCGGCUGGAGGAGCAGGAGCGGGAGCAGCUGAGCCUGGUGGGGAGGCUGGAGGAGCAGCUGAGGGAGAAGCACGAGGCGGCGGCCGCCCUGCUGACCCGCGAGGACACCCGGCGCCUGGAGGAGGAGCGCAGAGGCCUGGCAGAGAUCAGAGAGGCGCUCCUCCGUGCCAAAGAGACUGCAGAGCGGCCAGAUGUGGAGGACGCCAGCGAGGAGGCGAGAUCCGCCCAGGCGCGGUACACGGCCUUCAAGGAGGCGCAGGUGAAGGAGCUGGGCCAGCUGGAGGAGGAGCUCCGACAGCAGCGGGAGCGCCUGGAGAAGGAGGUCGCCGCCGAGCGCAGCACGCUGCUGCACCUCGCACACGGCCUCAAAGAACGACACCAGCAGCUGAAGGAGACGCAGGAGAAGGGGGCGCAGGACGCCACGGCCGUCUGCCAGGAGGAGCAGCUGGUCAGACAGGCGGAGCAGAGGCUGCAGUUCAAGGAGCGUCAGCUGGCGAGCGUGGCCGACGGCCUCCUCCCCGCGCUGGCCGAAGAGAAGCAGCGGGCCGCGGAGCUGCUGGAGCGCAGCGGAGGAGGCAGCAACGGGAACUGCGACAGCCCGCCAGGCCUCGACAACACGCUGUUCCAGGUGGAGAAGGAGCUGGAGGACAAGGAGGAGAAGCUGAACCUGCACUGGCACAGCGCCCAGCAGCUGCAGCAGCUCCAGGAGACCUACGAGUUCACGGCCAACGUGGCGCGGCAGGAGGAGAAGGUGAGGAGGAAGGAGAAAGAGAUCCUGGAGUCGAAGGAGAAGCAGCAGAGGGAGGCCAUGGAGCAGGCGGUGGCCCGGCUGGAGAGGAGGCACUCAGCCCUGAGGCGCAGCGUCUCCCUGGAGCCCGACGCCGACGAGCAGAGACACAAGAGCUCGAUGCUGAGGAACCCGAGGAGCGGGGUGGACCUGGACCAGCAGAGAGUGGAGCGAGAGAUCCAGAAGUUGAGGCAGCGGAUCAGUGAAGGAGAAGACAGCAACAGGACUCACUCCAUCAGUAACGACGACAAGACGAGCUCUCCGGUCAGCCACAUCCAGAGUCUGAACACGCUGCUGCCGCUGUCCGAUGACCGAAUAAACGCGUACAUUGAAGAGGAAGUCCAGCGACGGUUACGGAAGAUGAAUCUUCUCAACGGCAGCAGCAGCAACAUGGAUCUGUCUCUGUCCUGUGAAUCUCUCAGGGAGGAGGAGGAAGCUAGUGACUGUAGCUCUGUUAGAUUAACAGAUGAGGAUGAUGAAAAGCUGCAAAACAUUAAUCCAAGGAGGCUUAAAUAUGAGAGAGACAGCGGGUUGUGGUCUAGCUUCCUACCUGCCCUGAAGCUCGAGGCUAACUCCCCUCCUCACAUCCAGGAAAACAAGUCGGGGGAACCAGAGAAAGACCUCUCAAAGCCUCACAGAGAAGAAAAACUAGAAUCCUCAGCUGAAGUAUUCAUUGACAAAGAGCAAGUGUCAAAAACUUGUGAAGAUUGUGACAAAAACAAAUGGUGGCAGGGAGCAGUGAAUAUCCCUCUCAGAGGAGUGGGCCGAACUGUUUGUGAACUUGAUCAUGGAGAUAUUGGACAACACAAGGUCUGUGUGGCCUCUGGGACAAACAGAUUUGAUGAAAAUGAGAAUAUCACUUAUAAAAAAAGAAAAGAUUUCCCCGGUUAUGUUCCUGAUGAGGAUAAAGAUGUUGAAAAGUGUGACCCUAGGAAGGUACAAUGUGAAGAACUUUCCAAUGAUCAGUUGUCAAAGUUGCAGAACUCUGUCAAUGGCGGCAUUAAUUGCAAGCAAGGGGCAAAGGAAUCAGUUCAUGCUCAAAUAAAACAAGAGACAAACACAGAAACUGAGAAAACGUGGACCAACAGGAGCAAGUUUUUUGGGUAUUUUACUGGAAAGCUCUCCGAAGCGUACAAAGACGCCGGUAGAAGGCUACAAGGCACACGGGACAUCAUUCAAAAUGUAGGAAUGGGUGAAAUGAAGGAUGUGCUCACUCAGUAUGUGACCAUGGUGUCCAAAGAGCUGCCACUGAUCAAUCAAAUGCAGCCUAAACCAGAGCCACAACCUUGCAACCCUACGGAAAACAAAGUCCGCGUGGUUGAUCUGUCGAGAGAUUGCACCCCAAGUCUUCCUCAGAGUUGUGGCAUCUCUACAAUCCCAGGCGUCUCGGGAUGGCCCGAAGGCUCCGUGUCGUCUCUCAAAAACACAUGUCCUGAAGUGUUUUAUCAGAAUCUGGUCCAGCUGCCACCAGCUUUGUCUCAGUUACAAUCACUUUCUUCUCAGGAGAUGCAAGACACGUUGGAAUCUCUGUCUCCUCGAGUGAAAGUCAACAAGCCUUUGAGUGUCUUCUGGCUCAAAACUGCCAACAGGAAGCAGCCGAUACCAAAGCCUGGGUGCUUGCUUUUGUCAGGGAAGGACAUUACGGUGCUGUCAAGUGAAGCAAAGUCAGAUGGCACCUUAGCUGUUUGUCACCACUUUAAGCUCAUGGAAAUCAAGGAGAUCCAGGUUAGCUUGGCAGGGCAACACGUUCGCCUAAUCGGCUGCACCGAAGACACCCUCUUGGUAGUCUUUACCCACAGCAAAGAGCUCACUCAGGAGUUCUGCAAGGCCUUACUGAAGGUCCUUUCUUCUGAAAAGUUCUCUAAAGGGGCUGAAGAUCACCCCUUACUCUCCGAUGACCUCAUGGCCCUGUCUCUGGAUUGGACGUCCAGAGUUCCUGAUAUCAUGCUGGACAACGGCCUUCACGUCACCUCCAGGUUCAAGCGGGUCCUGGCAGACUUGCUCUACGUCAUCCAUGGCAACAUGGAUGGUCCUGGCAAACCUUCUCUGGCACACAUUUGUUCUCUGCUCUACACCAGCGUUGAGGUCAAGAACUCUACCCGCAAUCACCAGAAUGGCAUUUGUCAGUUCCUCCUAACAGACACUCAUGUGGCUCUUCUCCGGGAGGACGGCGUCUUUCACCCGGCACCGCGGGGUUCCAGCCUGGUCCCUGCCAAACCCCAGUUUCAGGGACUUGAACUCCGCAAGCGUUCAGACAUCAGAUGCCUACUUGUGAAGCAGAACGACAACUGCCUGGUGGUCGAUAUCACAUUUACAACUCACAAAUCACAAACUCGAGAGAAGAGGGUGGAGUGUAGGCGAGGCUCGGCUGAUGUGGCGUCCAUCUCUGGUUCCAGAAAUCAGUGCGAUUCCUGGAAGUUGUCUUUUGGUUGCACCUCAGAAGCAGUAAUCGUGAUUAAUCAUUUGUGUAUCUGAGUUCCACAGCUAAAGGCAGUUUCACCUGGAGUCAUUUAGCAAUGCAACAUACUUUAGGGUUGGCAUAUCAUGAUGCCGAUGAUAUCGUCUGUACAAUCGUCAUCCACAACUGCACAUCUGAUCAUAAAGCCAACAGCAGGAGGUACCUAUGUCCACCAGGACGAAUACGAGACUCUAUCAUCUUAUUAAUUGUGACCUUCUUGUUUCCAGAAAGUAGUUUGUUCCAUGAACUGUUAAAAAAAAAAAAAAAAAAAAAGAGAGAUCGUAAAGUUAAAAUUAUUUUGAAGGAAUUGUCUUUGGAUUUGUUCGAACUUGAACAGCCCAAGUGUGCACCUUCAGUUGCACUUGCAAAACCAAUUAAUUAAUCAGAAUUGGUUCUUUUUUAGCAUGCCAUGAUGCAGCCACAAACCUGCGUAAAGGCUAAUACAUACUCUGCAAGAACAGAGGAUUUGAAUUCGAUGUGUGCUGCAGUGGGAGGGCCCUAUGAGGAGUUCUGCAGUGGAGUUUCUUGUGAAGUAUGAAAUGUCCUGGCCAGAAAUAACUCUGUUCUUGUUCUUGCCACCUUGAGAACAAAAUCAAAUUUCUCUGUUCUUGUAGAGUAUGUAAAGGGCUUAAGUGCCCAUAGAUGCUCGGGUUGGGCUGAUGGACAAUGCCAUCAUCCAUCGCCGACCAGCUUUGUGUUUAAAAAGUCCUGCAUCUACACCUACACCUGAGCGUGUGUCUGUGUUGGCAUUUAUUAAGUGCUUAAAAAGUAACAAUUCUGAUUAAUUUAAUGGUGCACAGACUGAUUUCAUAAGUGCAGCUGAAGGUGCACACUCUGUUGUCACAUCAACGGAUCUAAAGUAGAAGAUAGUUAAUUAAAAUGUUAAAGAACGCACUUAUUUUUACAAUCUAUCUACCAGUGAACUACUUUCUGGUGAAAUAAUUAAUAUGAUUGAUGUUGAUGAGUUUCAAUGGUGGAUAUUAAAGCCCCUGUAGUGGGGUUUGUGCCCGGACGAUUUGAUCAGUUUGGAUGACAAUAUUAUUGUCCAACCCAACCCUGUUAGAUGCUCCUUUGGUGGAUAAAAUGGGAUGCAGUGCCCUCCCAGGAAACAAGAAGAAGUAUUCUCUGGGGUGGCCUUAAAACUGAAAAACAUGAUAGUACUCUAGGUUGCCCCACAUGCUGAAAAGCUUUCUGCAAGCCGGUGCCGCCCUUUUUAUUUUUAUUCACCCCUCAGACAACCAGAGUCCUCCACUGAACCUGCUGCUGGUGUUGAUGAGGGGUGAGGAUUUAAAAAAUGACAACGUUGUGCUCAGUCAUCGGCCCAACCCCUGAGUCCAAAAUAAAGAGAGAAUUAAAACAUAAAUACAUUAUUGGUCACCUUCAUUCAGGAACAUUUAUCGAGACAAUAAAAUAAUUCAGUGAUUUGAAAAAAGUUGAAAAUCAGACACAUCUAAAGGUACUUUUAGAAUAUUUUUAAAAACAUUUUAUGAACUUCUCAGUCUGUUCACAUGUAAAUUGUGUGAUUUGGCCACUUUGCCACAAAAUCCCAAAGAUUGUCCACUGAAAUGAGAAAGCACUGUUGAUGUGUGUUAACUGUCAUUUCUGUAGUUUAUAUGUUGUCACAAUGAAGGAAAGAAGAGAGAGUUACAUUUGUUUUGGCUUUGUUUAGUCAUGUUGAUGGCUCUUUAUGAUUCUUGUUUGAUUUUUUAAAAAUCUUGGUUCAAAGGGAAAAUGUUAAUGUCACACAAAAUUUUGCAGCUGCACUUUAAGAAAAAAAUGAUUGAAAAUAUGAGGAUUUAUUAUGACGUGAAGUGAUUUCAGAUUAAAUAAGAUUAGUGUAAUAUGUGCCUUUAAAAAAUGUACAAUGAGAACAUGUUAAUUUUGUGAGAACUGUAAUAAAGAUUCUAUGAUUGUUUUUGUCUGAUUAUAUUUGUCCAUCACACUAAAUUAUUCUCAAAUCAAGUUCAUGAAAUUGUUUCAGGACAAGUACUGUAAUUUUUCCUGAGUCGACCCUUUACUCUCCACCUCCUUUCUUCUUCUCCUCCUCCUCUGUU